AUGCUUGCCUUUUUUACUAAAGCUAUUAUUUCUUCCAUUUUAAUAUGGACUUAUAAAUAUUUCGAUGAGUUAUCUAUUUAUCGUAAAUCAUGGAACAAAAGAUACAACCGAAAUAAUACAUUCAACGUACAAUUUACAAGAUUACUAAGUAGUGAAACAAAAGUAAAAGAAGAGCAAAGUAUAAAUGAUUCACUAUACAAAAGCGAUGAUUCCUUUAUAGAAAGACCAAAUUCAUUAGAACAUGAUGAAGAAUUUAAAAAAAUAUUUACUAAUUUAAUGCAACGUGAUAUUUCUGAACAAGAAUUUAAUGAUUUGAUGCAAUACACAACAUUUCACAAAGAAUACGAUUCAUCCAAUAUUAAACAAAAUUUAAAAAAAAAACAUAACCUAAAACAUUAUGAUAUUGUUGAAAAACACAAAAAAUCACAUAUAUUUUUAAAGAAGGUAGACUCAGAAAAUGAAUCAAAUUUAUUUCAAAACAGUUCAUGUAAUAAACAUCAUUCCUUAAAGCAUCAUGAUAUAGAUAAGGAUCUUUUAUAUUUAAGAAAAAAACGGCAAGUAUAUUCUUUAGUUAAGUCAAACAAACAAUUUCUUAAAAAAAGAUUAUUAGUAUUGUUUACUCUAAUUAUAUUAGGUAUUGUUAUUGCACUGUUACUGUACUGCUUGCCAUCAAAUCAGGCUACUAAAAGUUUCGUUGAUUUCUCAUUCGAAUCAUGCAGAUGGAUACUUUUGUAA